AAAGAGGGAGCCGGGAUUUUUUGGGGCUUGCUCCUUUUACGGUUCCGGGGAGAAUCGCCCCGCUUUUUCCGGGCAGCCGAAGCAGACACCGGUCACGCGUGCUGCCUUCAUCACACCACACCUAAACAGCGCCAGCAACACCCCAAAGUGCCUCCCACGGCAAGUCGACCACCAUGGCUGAGCGCGGGAAGCGCCAGGAUCCCAAGGACCCCGCAGCGCAACGCCGCGAGAAGCGCCGUCGACGAGCUAUCGACGAGGAGAAUGCAGCCCAGGAAGACAAGAGAUUCACGGUCCUGCGUCUUCUGAGGGCCGUAGUAGUGGCGGCGGGCGUCGUGGCAGCAGGAGACGCUCAUCGUGCCCACUGCAAUCAGGAACGGCAGCCCAUCUUCGAGCCCAAGAGACUUCCGUGCGCCCAACACGAGGCGGACCUCGAUCAACGGCACGGCUGGCGGCGGUCGUACCGCAUGACAAGAGCAACGAUGGCGUUUUCUCGUGGGUCGUCGCCACCGUGGAUGGUCUGUUCAUCAAGGUCAAGGCUCCGUGUGCGAAAAAAGACCGCCAGCGUCAUCGCGUACUACUCUGGCAGCAAGUCCGCGUACGGCAUCAAUGUGCAAGCGAUGUGCACCGCCGACAACCGGUUCUGCGCAAUGUCGGCGAUCUCUCCAGGCUCGACGAAGGACUCGGUGGCAUGGAAUCGAUCGUCCCUCGCCAAGGCCGUCGCCCGCUUGCCCGCCGGAUUUGACAUCAUUGGUGACGCCGCCUACCCCAUCGGAGAAAAGGUUCUGACUCCGUACCCUGGGAGGCAACUACCGGCGGGCGAGGACUCGUUCAACUUCCACCUGAGCCAGCUUUGUGUCAAGAUCGAGCAGAGCUUCGGCAUCCUGUGGAGACCUCUCCGCGUGCAGCUCGCAGGACGCGCGGAUCUCAUCACAGCUCUUUCUCAUCUGCACAACUUCCUGCAAGUCGAGAACGUAGCGCCGAUCCAGCUUUCAGAGGAGGACUCCCGCAGCGGAAUCAACCAGCCGGCCCUCUGUGCUACCCAGCGCACCUUGCCGGAUGGAUGGGGAACGGAGCCCCCUUCGAGGAGCGGUGAGACCCCGGCCCGAGCGGCUACCCGCAAGGCCCUGGAGUUGAAGAAGCAGUGA